AUGGUCUCUCAGAGGGCUCGUUGUAUCGGAAUUAUCUCACAUAUUGAGAGAAGUAUUAUUCGCAAGGUUGUUCAGAGCGAUAUGCUCGUCUCAUACAUCCUCUCGUUUUUUCUGACACCGACUAUCAACCCGAUAGUUGCGUUACCCCGUCCUCCGGGUCCAACUAAUGUUCAUAUCACUCAAUUUGCUUUGACAGACGAGUCCCGGACGGACCCAUUUGCACCAUGUUGUGACAAGCCUCGACAGCUGAUGGUGUCCCUAUUCCAACCUGCCAAUUGUACACAAACUAUCGACACUCCAUACAUGCCGCCUGCCACCGCAGCCUUCUACGAUGCCCAACUAGCAGUGUUUGGGAUUCCUAAUGGAACUUUCGAGGCAUUCCACCUUCAAACUUGCCCGAACUCUCCAGCCAAUACGGAUUUUCCCCUCCUACUCUUUUCCACGGGGGCUGGAAACUCUCGCCACCUCUAUAAUACGAUUCUCCAAUGGGUAGCGUCCACGGGUUUCAAUAUUGUCUCGAUUGACCAUACCUACGAUGCAGACAUAGUUGAGUUUCCUGACGGCACUGUCGCACUCGGAGCCAAUAUCUCAUUGCCAGCAAACAUGUCGACGACAAUAUCUGUACGUCUGGCAGAUGUGUCCUUUGUCCUUGACACGCUAUCCAAUACGACCUCGACGAAAUUGCUUGACCUGCCUGCUCUGCGCACCAAGCAAGUCGGAAUGUUCGGCCACUCACUGGGUGGUGCAACAGCAGCGGACGCAAUGCUGAAUGAGACGAGAAUCCGAGGAGGCGUGAACAUGGAUGGUACUGUCUACGGUGCAGCGGUGAACGAGACUGACAGACAACCCUUUGUGAUCUUUGCAUCUCAGCAGCACAACCAAUCUACCGACGCCACUUGGGCGGCAUUUUGGCUGGAGCUAAAGGGUUUCAAACUACAGCUUCAAGUCAACGGCACCGCGCAUGGUUCAUAUGUUGACUAUCCUAUUCUAGCCAAAGUCGCUGGCCUCAAUAGGAAGACUAACCCUGCGAUCGAGGCAUUGAUCGGCAGCAUUGAUGGCACCACUAUACUCCGCAUACUUCAACGAUAUAUCAACGCCUUCUUUCAGCAGGUUCUGGAGUUCCGGCAAUUGCCCUUGUUGCAGGGGCCGAGCUUGCAUUUUCCCGAGGUGCUUUUUCAGAAUGCCUCGUAUGGCCCGACGGCCGAGCCGGCACUUAUGUCGCAGCGAAUGGAAGUGUACGUUGACUGA